UUCUCCUCCUCCAGCAUGGCGUCUCUGUGGAUCCAGUCCGUGUCUCUACUGGUCUUACUGGUUCUGUCGAGUCCCGGCUCUCAGGCGGCUGCUGGUCCUCAGCACCUGUGUGGGUCUCACCUGGUGGACGCCCUGUUCCUGGUCUGUGGAGACAGAGGGUUCUUCUACAACCCCAAGAGAGACGUGGACCCUCUGAUGGGUUUCCUCCCUCCUAAGGUGGGUGGAGCUUCAGCGGCGGGCGGCGAGAACGAGGUGGCCGAGUUCGCCUUCAAGGACCAGAUGGAGAUGAUGGUGAAGAGAGGCAUCGUGGAGCAGUGCUGCCACCGACCAUGCAACAUCUUCGACCUGCAGAACUACUGCAACUGA